AUGUCCCUGUUGGGAAGGCAUUCUUCAACUAUGACGGCCGUUGAACAUGAUUUGUUAAGAUCGGGCUGGUUAAAGAACUAUGGUAGAGGUACAGAAGCAUGGCAUAUAUUGGGUAGUGCGAUUAGGCAGGGUCAAGAUUUGGGGCUUCAUUUACAAGCUGUAAUUCCAAAGGUCGCCGGAGAAGAUGUCGGGGCUGGAUUAGAAAAACUUUGGUAUGAUGAAUAUAAAAGAAGACUUUGGGUAACGCUAUUCACUUGGGAUAGUCAUAUGUCUGUCAUGCUUGGAAGGCCUCGUUCAAUCAAUGCAAGUGAUUGUACAAUUAGAACACCAAUUGAUUGCACAUUCCCUGAUGAUCCGUCAAAAACUAUACCUUCGGCCGCAAAUCUACAAGAUCCUGACACACCUCCGUCUACCUACUCAGCUCAGCUAUUUCACUACACUAUUGCCCAAAAAGUUCACGAGUUAUUAGCAGCUGGUGCUCAUAGACCACAUAUAAAAGACUACUCAUUCGUCACAAAACUUCACAACGAAAUUGUGUCUAUCAUUGACGCCCUACCACCUAUUUUACGACCUGAGAAUCCGGAUAAGUCAUGGGAUGAAAAAGAGCCAAAGAUUCCUCGUCAACGACAAGUACUAGCCAAUUUUGCAUAUUCAUUCCUUAUGGCUCUUCACAGACCUCACGCGCCAAUCCAUGCUGCAAGUCGAAUUGCAACCAUAAAAGCUGCUCUAGACUGCCUUGAUACUCAAGAUUCAUUCAUGCAACUAAUGAAACCACAUCAUUACCGAAUCUAUUCACUUUCAUUCAACUCUAUCGAUUGUGGAAUAGUUUUAUCUGGGAUACUGUUGGAAUCACCACAUUUGGAGAAUAGCUUGAGGGAAAGAAUACAAGCUGCGAUAGAGAAAACUAUUGGAAGGUUGAAGUUGAUGGAAGAAAGAAGUCCUAUUGCAAAAUCCGGUGUACAAAUACUUACUAUCUGCCAUGAGAGGAUCUUGGACCGUGAUAAGAACGGCGGCGGGAUGACCAACAAGUCACGAGUACUGGACCAGCCGGAAGGAAGUCUAAAGACUGUCAACGGAGGGGAUAAUAUAGUUGAUCAACCACAGAAUCCAAAUGGUCUUGAGGCCCAGCAAUCGCAGCCAAUAAAUCUAAAUGGCUCUACUGCGGACCUGGUGGAUUUUAGUAAUUUUGAAAUGGAUACAUCAUUUUGGGACGAGAUGAAUCAAAUGAUUGAUUUUGAUAUCGGGCGUGGUAUGGAAGUGGCAGCACGGGGUAAUUUGGUUGUGGACAAAAGACCGUUCCUCUAG